AUGGACUCGGCCAAGAUCUUCGCGCUCGGCCUCGCCGCCGGCCUGGCGAUCCACGUGUUUGUACGCAACGGUGCGCGCAAGGACGCCAAGCACGCACAGCAAGCUGCGGCCCCACCAUCGGGAUCCAUAGCGUCCAAGUCGGCCAAGAAGAACAAGAGCAAGAAGAACAAGAACAAGGACAGCCCCACGCCUCAGCAAUCCGAGCCGGUCGCUGCGCCCGCACCCGCGCCUGCGCCAGAGCCCGCUGCCAAGCCGGCCGAGUCCGCGCCCGCCGCAACCACAUCCAAAAAGAACAAGAAGAACAAGAAGCAGCAGCAGCAGCAGCAGCCGAACACACAACCAGCCGCACCCGCCGAGAGCUAUGCCGAGGUGGCUGCAGCCGACGACACAGUGCCUGCCACGAACGCCAUCACCAACGACGCCGUGCGCGCCAGGUCGGAUGCGGCGCAGGCGGCGUUGGUAGCUUCGCUCGGCGACAUGCGCGAUGCGGACGUGGACGAGCUUCCUGCCGGCUACUCGUCAGUCGCGCGCAUGCCCGCUUCCGAGCCCGCCGCCACGCACCGCAUCUCGCGCAAGGACCACGACGACGGCUGGUCGUCCGUGGGCGGCACCUUCCCCUCGUCCUCCAAAGCCUCUGCGUCAUCUCUCAAGCCCAAUGGCACCGCCACACACACGUCGUUCGCAUCCACCAACCCCUUCGCUGCGCUGCCAGACGACGCCCCCACAGCCAGCGUCAAGCGUCUCUCCUCCAAGCCCUCCCCUCCCUCGGGUGGUGGAUGGACUGUUGCCGCUCCUGGUCCGGUCAAGUCGCGUCCCAACGGCACCGCGAGCGUGGUCGGCGCAGGUGAGACCAAGAAACAGCGUUCGAACGCCAACAAGGCUGCGGCCAAGAAGGCGGCCAAGGAGGAUGCGGAGCGGCUGCAGGCCGAGCGGCUCGCCAACCAUCGUCGACAGCAGGCGCUCGAGGCUGCACAGCAGCGAGAGGCGGCUCGUCGACCUGCUCCGCACUCGGUGAGCGCAAAGACGCCCACGGCCAAGGCGAGCGUCGACCUCAACGGCCGUCUGGUCUGGGACUGA